AUGGAAAGUUAUGCACACUCGUUGAGUUGCGACACUAUCAAAUUGCCGGAAGUUCCUAAAGCCCAAGGUACCGCGGGAGGGGCGAAAGCCACUCUGCAGCAGCUGGUAGAAAUGCCAGUGGAUGAACACUUGCGAACUGUUUGGAAUGGACAAUGGAUUCCAGGGCCGGAUUCGUUGCUUAAUCCCAAUGUGGUAUUGGGUUGCGUAGAAUCUGGUACAGAUGAAGUUGAUUUAAUAUCACAACGAAAGCUAAUCAAAGCAAUGUAG